GAGUCAAGAGAGUUUCAUUUUCACGGUUAUCAACGGAACAGUCAUCGGAGAAAUAACACUGAUAAUGAAUUAUCUUAAAAAUAAUGAAAUUGUUAUCCCCAAGAAUACUGAAUGAGAUAUAAAAUAAACCUUUGUCUCUUUCUCUGUGAAUACCGUGUGAUUGUUGAAAUAUCAUAGGCAGCAGAUAUUAUUCUUGUGUUUCGAAAUCCUUAGGAUAAUUUCUACGAAUGAUUUAUGCACAAUGUGUGCGUGUGUUUUUCUAUUUUGUAAAUAAGGAAGUAACGUUUUAAAAUGGAACCCACCACGAAGUGGAAUAUUAUUCUUGUUGGCGAAUCAGGUGUUGGUAAAACUUCAAUCGUACAGCGAUAUGUGCAUGAAAAAUUCGCAGCUAGAGUGAGCGCGACCAUAGCUGUUGACCACGCAUUCAAAGACGUCGAAGUGGAAGGUACAAAAAUCAGACUCGUCAUUUGGGAUUCAGCAGGUCAGGAGAUAUACAAAUCUAUUGUACCGCAGUAUUUCAGAAAGGCUGAUGGCUGUAUAUUGGUGUAUGAUGUUACGAACAUGACCACUUUCCACAAAUUAUCUGGAUGGCUGUCUGAAUUCAGGUCAUUCAACGAAGAAGCACCCGUCGUACUUGCUGGUAAUAAGAACGAAGAUCCAAAUAGAAAGUCAGUGUCUGUGAGUGUAGUGAAAUCCUAUGCUCAACAGGAAGACAUGGAAUAUAUGGAAUGCAGUGCGAAAACAGGAGAAAAUGUUGAACGAGUUUUUAAAUUGUUGAUUGAAAAAAUGUGGAAUCUUCAGAUGGGACCUGUUAGCACAGGUGUUGCUCCUACUCAUGAAUACAAUUCCAUUUCUAGAACUAAGGAAUCAAAUGACUUUUCAAUUAUUAGCCAAAAAUCCGAGAUUCCUUAUAAAAAUUGUGAAGACCAACCUAUCAGUUUGACAGACAUUCCACCCUUAGCUGUAGAGAAGAAAAAGAAAAAAUGCUGUUGACGUUCUGUAAUGUCUCCGAAUGAUUUUUUUCCCCUUUGGAAUAUGCUUGUAGCUUUCCUUCUUUUUUGGAGUGUUCUAGAAUGACUCUGAAUGGUGUAACGACAUAUUUUGUCGUCUAAACACAAAAAAGAAUACUUCAAGACAACUGCUUUCAGAUUGCACCCAGAGAAAGUUAACAUUGAGAUAUUUUAAGUAUCAUUUGAGUGUAUGCAUGCACUGAAGCUGCAUGUUUCAUAGACAAAUUUAAAAAUUCGGCUUUUUGUAAAUAUGGCUGACAUUUUGCAAUGCAGCAGGCUAUUUCCAAAGGUCUUCAUUAUUUUCUAAUCUGCCUGAUAUCUUAAGGCCUGUUAAAUUUUGGCAAUAUACGAAGAAUUAAGCAUCUAUCAGGCAUACUUUGUUUAAGCUUAUUGCAGUAAACGAUUUAGGUAAUAGAGCUAAUCACAAUAAGUCUUCACUACUCUGGAGUCAUACUGCAAACUGCCAGAGAUAAAUCACACUAAUUGGCGAUGAAUUUAUUUUUAUAAACCUAAAAGUAUGUGGGUUCUCAGCAAAAGUGUGGAUGAUUAGAAAAUACUGGAGAUUUGUCUAUCUAGCCUGGAAAUGUUUGAAAAGUGUUCAAUUAUUUAACUAGCCUGUGACACAUAUGAAUUGAAGCAGAUUUACUCUGAAAUAUUACUCAUAUAUGAAUAAAACUCUUACUUUGAACAUU